AUGGUUCUCACAACUGGUCUCAAAGGCGCCCAUGUGCUCAUCACAGGAGGCACGCGGGGUAUGGGAGAAGCAAUGGUCCAUAAGUUCCUCCAGGAGGAAGCCAAUGUAUCCUACUGUGCUCGAACCGUCACCAAUACCGAGUAUGAUGACUUCUACUCGACCCUCGCUGAGGGAAAUACCGCCCGCGCUGUAGGCACGGCGUUCGAUGUCGCUAGCAAAGAUUCCCUCGUCAAGUGGGUCGAGAGCUCCGCCGAGCGACUCGGACGAAUUGACGUGAUUAUCGCCAAUGCCUCGCCGAUGCAUAUGGAAGGCGAGACGGAGCACUGGGAGAGCAGUUUCGCGAUCGAUGUCAUGGGUUUCGUUGAGCUGGUCAAGGCGGCUACUCCCUACUUGGAAAAGUCCCCCCAGGCAUCCAUCAUCGUGCAGAGCUCUUUCAUGGGGCGGGAAUUCUACCGGUCCCCUCCGGCGGCCUACGGGCCCUGCAAGGCAGCGCAGCUGCAGCAUGUCCAGGAACUGUCCCACUUCUUGGGGCCUAAGGGCAUCCGCGUCAAUGCCAUCUCCCCAGGACCGGUCCUGUGUAAGGGAGGUCCCUGGGAGCUGUAUUCAAAGAUCAACCCGGAAUGGGUGGAGGAACAGCGAUUGAAGAUUCCUCUUAAGCGUUUGGGAGGGCCGACAGAGGUGGCGAAUGUGGCUGUGUUCCUGGCGAGUCCCCUGGCCAGCUUUGUGUCAGGCACGAAUAUGUUGGUCGAUGGUGGAAUUCAUGUUGGAACCCAAUUUUAG